AUGCUACGGCUACGCGAUCACGCCCGCUCGUUGGGACUUCUGUCAACAUCGUUUUGUUUCUUGUUGUUGUUCGUUGCUCUUCUGCAUCCCGCUUCCCGAACCCUCCUGCGGCCCUUCGACGGAUCGUCCGAGAGAACGAUCAGAUUUCAUUUCCUUGUGCCUACGACGAAUACGAAUUCUGAGGUAUGCAAGUUGAUCGCUUCGAGCACAAUCCUAGGCUAUCCGGCUCCAUCUUUGCUGGGAUGGGAAGGACGGGGGCGCUGGAAUGGUUCGGAGAGCCAUCUGUUCAAACUUUCCGAGACUGUGUUUUAUCUGAACACUCUCCGGAAAGAGCAGGAUGACGAUCUGGUCUUGAUCCUCGAUGCGUUCGAUGUUUGGCUCCAGCUUCCUCCUGAAGUCUUGAUCAAACGAUACCAUCAAGCUUUGGCGAAAGAGAAUGACGCUCUGAGAAGAGAUGGCAUACUGGAUAAGAAUUCUCCAGACGGUUCGCGAAUCAGGAACACCAUUCUCUUCGGAGUCGACAAGUUCUGCUGGCCACAAAAUGACGAAGUGAUCCCCUGUUGGGCUGCACCAAAUUCGUCGCUGCCAGAAGAUAUGUAUGGCCCAGGCACUGACAAGGAAGAUGUGAAGUUGCGCCCACGAUUCUUGAAUAGCGGCUCGAUCAUGGGUCCGGUCAAAGACAUCCGCAAUCUGUUCAAAGCCACGAUGGACCAGAUCACGCUGGAAUGGGACGACGAUUUCAUCCACAAAACAUCUGAUCAACACUAUCUGAGCAUCCUGUGGGGCGAUCAAGAAGAGGCUCGAUUGGCGGUUCGUAAUGGCACCAGUCACACACUCGAUGGCCAGACACAUACCGAGUUCCACAUUGCUGUGGACCAUGAAAGCGAUGCCUUCCAGAUCAACAAUUGGCAUUCGCAAUAUGUGACCUGGAUGACAUUCAAUCGCACGACAGCUCCAGCCAUUUCAAGUUCCGCAGCUUUCAAUCCCGGCCGUCUGGAUCUCCUCAACUUGACGGAGGAGAUCACAUCGCUGCCAGGACCAUUUUCGGCGGACAACGAGACGGCGACUUUACCAAUCGAGCUUGGCUGGAGAAAUAUCAUGCUUGGCACUAACACUGCCACUGGUGUCAUCUUCCCACUCUACCACAUUACAGGCGACAAGCUGAUGCGCGGCCGCUGGUGGCCCCGUAUGUGGUUUCAUCCUCACGGCGAGGAGCUCUUGAAAGCAGCCCGAAAGCGAUGGCUGGCUAGUGUUGCAGACACCGGCCAACACGUAGCGGCUCAUUUUGGUGGAGUAAAAUACAUCGCGGUGCAGCCGAAUAACGGCGAUGUCUUUCAAAGCAUGCGUGCGCGGGAUAAGUCGAACAUCAAGGGCGCAACGAAUGCCUCCACCAUCACGGCCUACCCAAAUCGCACCCGCGUUGUCUCGUAUGUGAGAGGCACAGUCUGCAACUUGGCAUAUGGCGUGUCUUUACCUGGUGCUCGAAAAUUCUUGUGUGACAUGGCCGUCGCUAUUGCGAGCGAAUACCUCGAGGAAGAUAGUAGUAAUAAGGAGCGGUAG